UUUGGUAAAUGCUCAGAUUGAUCGCUUCAGCCACGGCAACCGCUGCGCCUUCCGUUGUUGCGCGUUCGCUUCUUCUGCCGAUGCAACAAGGUGCACGAUCAGCACUCGGAGGAGGAGCAACGACGACGAGCGCAGUGAUGCUGGUGCAGCAGGCCAAGCGCGACCUGUGUGGCUGCCAACUGUCCGGCCUGGUUGGCUUUGAUCACGAUCACGAACAUGAUCAUCAUCAUCAUCAUCAUCGUGAUCAGAGCAACUUGAAUCAGGCUCAGGCUCAGGCUCAGAGGCCCAAGAAUGAGCGGUCGAGUGCUCAAAUCCCGCUCGCGUCGUCCGUCUCGCUCCAGUCAAUGGUCAGGUCACUGCCAACGCGCAACGCGUCAACCUCAAUCCCGAAGGACGUCGGACUCCAAGUCCACCAUGACUAUGGCUUUGAGGUUACUGCAAAUCGACUCAAAUUUGGACGAGACGUGAUUCACGAACUCGGCAACGCCAUGCUCGACGAACUGCGUUUGCAACACAUUACCGGCCGUCGUGUCAUGGUGCUCACAGAUCCUCGCAUCGCCAAACACGAGCGCUUCCAGCAUGGCAUUAACUCGCUGCUGGCCGCUGGGCUGGACGUAUCCGUGUUCCAGGAUGUUGCGGUGGAACCCACGGACGACAGCUUCUUGGCAGCAGCCAAGUAUGCAGCGGACGGCAAGUUUGAUGCCUUUGUGAGCAUUGGUGGCGGGUCUGUCAUUGAUACGGCCAAGGCUGCCAAUCUGGUCUCCACGUUUCCGCAUCCAGAGGGCCUGCGCGCGUACAUUAACGCGCCAAUCGGUCUUGCGGUCACUCCUCCUGGCACCCUGAAGCCGCACAUUGCCUGCCCCACCACCAGUGGCACGGGUGCGGAAUGCACUGGAUUUGCCGUUUUCGAUUUGGUCAAGAUGAAGUCAAAGACUGCGCUGGGUAGCCGCUUCUUGAUUCCCUCGAUGGCGAUCGUCGAUCCAGGCUUUAUCGACACCCUCCCGCCCGCAGCUGUUGCCGCCAGUGGAUUCGACGUCCUGUCGCACGCGCUCGAGUCGUACACGGCGCGCCCUUACAACAAGCGUCCCCUCGCUGCGGGCACGACCAAGCGCAACAUUGUGCGCCCGUUGCACCAGGGAUCCAACCCGUACUCUGAUCUUGGAUGCCUGCAAGCGCUUGCCAUCUGCGGCGAGUACUUGGUUCGUGCCGUCAACGACCCCACCGAUGUAGAGGCGCGCACGCAAAUGAGCUUUGCCGCCACCCUCGCUGGCAUUUCCAUCGGCAAUGCAGGCACGCAGGUUCCCCAUGGCUUGUCCUACCCCGUCUCUGGUCUCGGAGUGACGCGAAGCUACCAUCCGGGCGAUGGCUACCCAGCCAAGGAGCCCAUCAUCCCGCACGGCUUUAGCGUGAUGCUUCAUGCUCCAUCGAGCUUUUUGAAAAUUGCCGAGCACGAGCCAACCAAGCUUCUCCGUUGCGCAGAAACACUGGCGCGUGCGAUGGGUCGCAAUGUUGACAAGGUUUUGGGCAAUGGCGUGGCGCGGCCGCAGGACAGCGGAGCUAUCGUUCACGCCCUGUUGGUGGAUAUCAUGAAGGGAACUAAAGUUUGCCCCAGCGGAUUGGCUGCCGUCGGUAUCUUGGAAUCGGACAUUCCGUUUCUUGUGGAGCGUGCCGUUCCGCAGAAGCGAGUCCUCGACAAUGCUCCCUUUGCCAUCACCCCGACAGACAUUGCCGACAUUUACAAGAACUCUUUCAAGUACUGGUGAACAAUAUUCCAACGCUGGGAAAUUGCAUUGCAUCGUUUUUGUGUUUUCCCAAAAAACAACAAUCGCUCAAGCUCACAACGCAAUAAACGCUGUUCAUACACCAA